AUGAGAGACUGGGAGGCCCGGCAGGUGGCGCUGCGUAACGCCAUCCAGCAUGUAGUUUUCUGUGACGUCAGAGAAGAGAGACCGCUCGGGACGUUCGACGGCGGGCCGUAUGACGUAGUCAGCAGCAUGUUCCUUUUGAGUACAGUAGGGAAAGACAGGGCUGAUUUCGACGAGAUCUUGUCCAAGCUGUGUUCCCUCGUGAAGCCAGGCGGGACCCUGAUCCUGGUCUGUGACCUGGAGGCGACUCGCUACACCGACGGGAGAGUCUCCUACCCGCUCAUCACACUAGACGCGCCCUAUAUCCGACAGGCUGUCAGGAACAGCGGAUUCACGGAUGUAGAGGACGAUAUUCUGUUCUUUAGGAGUACCGAGGGCAUGAACUGGGACGGCACUAGUUAUAUCUACCUCACUGCACGCAAGUGCGCAGAGUAACAUGCCGUUUUCGUGCUGUAGCUUAUGUAUAUACAAGACGAUACAUGUACUUGCAGAUACAUGUACUUGCUUAGCAAGUGGAAUAUAAUAUUUUUUCAGGAAAUGUUAAUAGUCCUUUAUGUGAAAUUUGCAAUGAGCUUGAAUUCAGUGAACACAUGUUUCUAUAGAAUGUACUAGAUUAAGAAACGCCUACACCGACGGGAGAGUCUCCUACCCUCUCAUCACACUGGACGUGCCUUAUGUCCGGCAGGCUGUCAGGAACAGCGGUUUUAAGGAUGUGGAGGACAAUAUUCUGUUCUUUAGGAGUACCGAGGGCAUGAAAUGGGAUGGAUCUAGUUACAUCUACCUCACUGCACGCAAGUCCGCAGAUUAGCAUGCCGUUUUCGUGCUGUAGUUUACAAAUGUACAAGACGAUACAUGUGCUUGCAGAUACAUGUACUUGCUUAGCAAGUGGAAUAUAAGAUUUUUUCUGGAAUUGUUAACAGUCCUUUAUGUGAAAUUUGCAAUGAUCUUGAAUACAGUGCACACAUGUUUCUAUAGAAUGUACUAGAUUAAGAAACGCCUACACCGACGGGAGAGUCUCCUACCCUCUCAUCACACUGGACGCACCUUAUGUCCGGCAGGCUGUCAGGAACAGCGGUUUUCAGGAUGUGCAGGACGAUAUUCUGUGCUUUAGGAGCACCGAGGGCAUGAACUGGGACGGCACUAGUUAUAUCUACCUCACUGCACGCAAGUGCGCAGAGUAACAUGCCGUUUUCUUGCUGUAGCUUAUGUAUAUACAAGACGAUACAUGUACUUGCAGAUACAUGUACUUGCUUAGCAAGUGGAAUAUAACAUUUUUUCUGGAAAUGUUAACAGUCCUUUAUGUGAGAUUUGCAAUGAUCUUGAAUACAGUGCACACAUGUUUCUAUAGAAUGUACUAGAUUAAGAAACGCCUACACCGACGGGAGAGUCUCCUACCCUCUCAUCACACUGGACGCGCCUCAUAUCCGGCAGGCUGUCAGGAACAGCGGAUUCACGGAUGUGCAGGACGAUAUUCUGUUCUUUAGGAGUACCGAGGGCAUGAACUGGGACGGCACUAGUUACAUCUACCUCACAGCACGCAAGUCCGCAGAUUAGCAUGCCGUUUUCAUGCUGUUAGUUUACAAAUAUACAAAUAUAAAUGUACUACAGAUACAUGUACUUGCUUAGCAAGUGGAAUAUAAAAUGUUUUUCUGGAAAUGUUUAGAGUCCUUUAUGUGAAAUUUGCAAUGAGCUUGAAUUCAGUGAACACAUGUUUCUAUAGAAUGUACUAGAUUAAGAAACGCCUACACCGACGGGAGA